AUGGACAUGUUGUUGGAGAUUCUGCGGCUGCUCGAGUGCCCAGAUGUGAUGCGCUGUGCCGCCGUUUGCACGGCUUGGCGCGCGGCGUACCGCGACUUGCGUCGCCGUGGCAUUGCAGCCAGCCGCCAGACCCCCUGCUUAAUCUAUAGAUCGGCUGCUGCUGGCCUGAACGCCAUUGGCAUGUACAGCCUUUCUGACCAGAGGCCCUACACGAUCCCCAUCCCUGACCCCAUCAGCGAGCAGCACUGGUUCGGCUCCUCCAACGGUUGGCUGAUAACAGCUGACUGCCGGUCUGACAUCAUACUGCUCAACCCCAUCACCGGCCGCCGGAUCGCUCUUCCUCCGGCGACCACCAUGCAGCAUGUCACGCUGGUCCUGAACGAGGAGGGAUUCUUGACAAAUCCGUCUUCAGAUGAUGACUGCAUCGCCAUGCUCAUCCAUCAGCCAUAUGAUCAGCUCUCUUUUGCCAAGGUCGGAGUGUGA